UUCUGGCACGCUGCUGCUUCCGGUCGGACACCGCCCCGGCCUGCACUUCCUGCGUCGGCUGGCAGCGGUUCCGAGUCCUCGGGUGUCUGAGCGGGGAGCGUUUGGACCGUCGUGGACUGGCAUUGGCAAGAGCCUCAGUGAACUCUUCGCCUUGACAGUUGGGCCACAGCCGGGACCUGCAGCCAUUUAAAUAGGCUUUCCCGCACUUGUGCCAUAAGCUAUGAAAGCUAAUCCUUCUGACGUCCCACGCACCCCAAAUAUUCUCCUGGGAUGGGACGACUGCUGGUUGCCGUGCUGUCCCUAGCGCCGCUCAAUCUAGCAGCUGCGGCCUGUCUUCUUAGCAAAUAAAACUGGUUUGAGAACUGCUAAAGCCAUGGGGGUGGCUACCAGUCUUGCUGCGUUUCCUGCGGCUGCACCCAGCUGUAUAUAGUAGAGGUGCAUUAACGUGGUUGUCCUCUGCACACCCUAUGAUACAGGCCUCUUAGGAAGCAGUCCGGAAUUCAGACCCAGGUGAAACUCCUUGUCAUCUUUAAUACCAGACAUUGGCAGUAAUUCGCUCAGCUGCCUGGCUUCAUUAAAUUGGGCAAGUGUUUUACUUUAGAUAUUUGUGAAUACAAUCUUGUACAUUAGCAUUCCUACAUAAAAAUUAAGAACCAUCUUUUCUGAUACAUGUAUGCACUGCGAAUAUAAAACUCUAUACAUUUUUGCGGAACGGUUUUUGUGGCUUUCAAGAUCUUUCAGGCCACAUUUUUUUUUUUCUUUAUAAAUCGCUGACUGCUAGUUACACGAAAAUUACACCAAGCAACAUAUGAGUUUACAAAUAUUUAAUUUUGUGAGGAGUAAUGAAUAUUUACAUGCAAAGUGUCCAAGCAGUAGUGAAAUGUAGCUAGUCAAAUGUAUUUAUUAUCAUCAAACUGCUACUGACUUAAAGCAUUUCCCUUCCCUGAGCCUAAAAGCCAGGGUGUUACCCUGGAGAUAAGCACUGUGAUAAUUUGUGGGCCAGGUCCCCACUCUAAGAGUCCCUGAGUCAUUGCUCAAGAGGAGUGACACAUGAGUCAUGGACCCUGAAAGCUCUGAACAAGAUGAGGAAAAGAAGAAAUAUACUUCUGUCUGUGUUGGCAGAGAAGAGGACAUUAGAAAAUCAGAAAGAAUGACAGCUGUUGUCCAUGACAGAGAAGUGGUCAUUUUCUACCACAAAGGGGAAUAUCAUGCUAUGGACAUUCGCUGUUACCAUUCUGGAGGGCCCUUACACUUGGGAGAAAUUGAGGAUUUCAAUGGACAAUCAUGUAUAGUUUGCCCCUGGCAUAAAUAUAAAAUCACUUUGGCAACAGGAGAAGGAUUAUACCAGUCUAUAAAUCCUAAAGACCCAUCAGCAAAACCCAAGUGGUGCUCCAAAGGCGUAAAGCAAAGGAUUCACACCGUGAAGGUGGAUAACGGCAAUAUUUAUGUGACACUUUCUAAGGAACCAUUUAAAUGUGACUCUGACUAUUAUGCCACUGGAGAAUUCAAAGUGAUUCAGAGUUCUUCCUGAUAAAAAAUGCACAGCAACAAAAAUAAAAUAAAGUAAGAUGUG